AUGUCGCAAAAGUAAGUUUAUAUAUUGUUUUAGAUAUUUUUUUAAAAAGUUAGGGUUUUCGUUUAAAAAAUACGACUAUUUUAGUUGUCUUCAUAAAAUGAGGGUUAAAAGUAUGAAUUCAUUUAGUUUGUUUUAAAAAAUUACUUGUGUUAAUACAUUCAUCUUGUUUCAGAACAUCUCUCUCACUUAACUUGAAGAGAAAACAUAAUGUUCUGAACGAUAACAAUGAAGUUGCGUCAGUUUUUAACCAGGACUCCGAUUCAGAUAGUGAAACUCCAGUUUCGGCCGAAGAUAAGUUCAGACAAAAGUAUGGUAACAAGAAAGAGAAGGACGAAAGAGCAGUGAAGAAGAUAAUGGAAGAAGAUGAAUCAGUUUAUGAUUAUGAUAAGCAUUACGACGAGAUGGAAAGGAGGAAAGAGGAAGUUAAGACUAUAUUGAAGCAGAAUGAUAAGGAAGGAAAGGUAAGUCUUUUUUUUUUAAUUUUUAGUUAUGAUUUGAAGAAAAGAAAAGUUUUUUCGACGUAGAUCGCUGAUUUUACCAACGAUUUUGGAGUUUAAUCAAAAAGUUACCUAAAAAGUGCCCGAAAGGAUCGUAAUAUAAAUUUCUUACCUGAUAUUAUAUUAAGGCUUUUAACUUUUUAGCCAAAGUACGCGGACAAGCUUCAGAAGGCCAAGCAACGUCGAGACCUUGAGAAGUUGAUCAUAGAAGAAAAGAAACAAGAGAGAGAAAGAGCUGAAGAAGGAGACGAGUUUGAAGACAAGGAAGUUUUUGUAACAGGAGAAUAUAGGAAGCAAAUUGAAGAAAAAGAAAAGUUCAGGAAAGAGUUGGAAGCCGAAGAGCAUGUUAACGGUGGGUUUUUGUGAUUUAUUAUCUAAUUUUAGGUGUGAAUUUGAUUUUUUUAUUAUUUAAAUUGUGGUUAGAAUUCUAAAUUCUAAUGAUUGUUACUUAAAUUUACGAUAAUAUAAUGUGUUAGGGUAAGAUGUGGAAGAUGAAGCAUAUAAAAUGUUAUUUUUAGAUAUCAACGAUGUUACCAAAGCAAGUAUGUAUCGUGAAACCUUUGCAAAGAAGCUACUGGAUGAUCGAGUGAGAGAGCGAGAAAUGUUGAUCAAAGAAGAACCAACAGAAGCUGAAAAACGACCGAUUCAAGGUGAUGAAACUCCUAAAAAAGAUGAUAAAGGAGACCGUGAUAACCAUCGAAAAGGCAGUCGAGAACGACACGAUGAAAAACGUCGCAGCACAGAACGUACAAAAGAAAAGGAACGCAGAGAUGUCCAUAAAGAAGACAGAGAUCAUAAACAUGGCAGGGAUUCUAAAGACGACAAAGAUCGAAAGAACGGUCGUGAUUCUCAUAAAGAUGAUAAAGGACACAAAGAUGACCGAGACUCACAUAAAGAAGAACACAAAAGCCACAAAGGGCAUCGAGAACGACAACUUCACGACGAACAACCUCGUAAAGAACAUAAAGAUGAUAACAAGGAAGAGAAAGAUGAUGAACAUGACACAGAUUCACGUAAAAAAGAGAGAGAACACAAAGAGGACCGAGAUUCUCACAAAGAAGAACAGAAAAGCCACAGAGGGCAUCGAGAACGGCUACUCCACGAUCAACAACGUCGCAUGGACAAGGUUCGAAAAGUAUUGGCACGGCGAAACAACCAAGACCAAAUUGAUGCCUAUGUCAAGAGAUGUCUACAACGACGCGCUGAAGGUCUAGUGAAACCGCCCAUAGUCGGGCAAGAUGUUGAUAUUAAAUAUUGA